AUGGCGGUGCCGAGAGGGAGCCUCCGGGCCAGGGCCCAGCUGGGGCUUCCGCCGCUGCUGCUGCUGACCGUGGCCCUGGCCGGAGGCUCGGGGGCCGCCUCGGCCGAAGCGUUUGACUCGGUUUUGGGGGAUACGGCGUCUUGCCACCGGGCCUGUCAGUUGACCUACCCCUUGCACACCUACCCCAAGGAAGAAGAGUUGUACGCAUGUCAGAGAGGUUGCAGGCUGUUUUCAAUUUGUCAGUUUGUGGAUGAUGGAAUUGAUUUAAAUCGGACCAAAUUGGAAUGCGAAUCUGCAUGUACAGAAGCAUAUUCCCAAUCUGAUGAGCAAUAUGCUUGCCACCUUGGUUGCCAGAAUCAGCUGCCAUUUGCUGAAUUGAGACAAGAACAACUCAUGUCUCUGAUGCCAAAAAUGCAUCUACUCUUCCCUCUAACUCUGGUACGGUCAUUUUGGAGUGGCAUGAUGGACUCUGCACAGAGCUUCAUAACCUCUUCAUGGACUUUUUAUCUUCAAGCUGAUGAUGGAAAAUUAGUUAUAUUUCAGUCUAAGCCAGAAAUCCAGUAUGCAUCACAGUUGGAACAGGAGCCUACAAAUUUGAAAGAAUCAUCGCUAAGCAAAAUGUCCUAUCUACAAAUGAGAAGUUCACAAACACACAGGAACUUUCUUGAAGAUGGAGAAAGUGAUGGCUUUUUAAGAUGCCUCUCUCUUAAUUCUGGGUGGAUUUUAACUACAACACUUGUCCUGUCGGUGAUGGUAUUGCUCUGGAUUUGUUGUGCAACUGUUGCUACAGCUGUGGAGCAGUAUGUUCCCUCGGAGAAGCUGAGUAUCUAUGGUGACUUGGAAUUUAUGAAUGAACAAAAACUAAAGAGAUAUCCAGCUUCUUCUCUGGUGGUUGUUAGAUCUCAAGUGGAAGAUCAUGAAGAAGCAGGGCCUCUACCCACAAAAGUGAAUCUUGCUCAUUCAGAAAUUUAA